AUGUCAGGAAGAAAACAUAAAACAUUUGCGAAGUCAAAGGAAUUCAACUCGGUUGACACGGAAGUUGAAGAAGAGAUAAUAGCCGCUUAUGCUAAAGUGGCAUUAGAAGACGAAGAUCCUUCACUCAAAGACCUACAAGAAAUAUUUCGAAUAUUGCAGAUCCCGAAAUGUUUUACUGACGAUAUCAGUGAAUCGAUUGAAUAUUACUAUGAGUAUUUAGGUGAUCAUGGAUGGGAAUUGGAUUAUCUUAACAUCAAGCAAAGUACUGUUCUAGAUUUAAUAAGGGUCUACACUAUAACAAGCCAAAUUCAAACUGCAUCUGACGUAAUUGAUAUUCUUGAUAUUGAUAAGCUAAUAAAGAAUCUUAACAUCCUUGUUAAGUUCAGAAACUCUUAUGGUCAUAUACUUGAUAGCUGGAGCCUACUCGUACAUAGUGCUACCUCGUCAAGAGAUAACACUGAAGAAUUUAUCGUUGCAUAUAGGUUGACGUUGCCGGACUUGAAACUGAUUAAGACGGCUUUAAAUUUAGAUCAGGACAGAGAAAGUGGCAAAUCAUUGGGAGAUUCUUUUCUAAUCGAUAUGUUGAGUUGUGGAUCUACUGAUUUUAAAGGAAAUCGAAUUAAUUUCAGUCUAAGAACCCCUAAGACUGGACCUUGUAUCACAAUCAAAGAAUUUGCCGAAAUAUUAGGCAACCUAGGUGAAAUAGGAUAG